AUGUCAGAUUCCCGCUCUCUCACAAACGAUGCUUUCUACACGGUUGAAAUCCAUUGUGACGCUAAAGGCUACCAUGAAUGCACUUUUCAAGUCGAAAUUGGAGAGCAAUUUUUGGCCAUGCAGAAGUUCGGCAAUAAAGGAAGGGCGUUUAAGAUUUCGAACGAUCGCGGACAACUAGGUCAUCUAGAGCGCGACCUCGUCGACCUGUUGUGGUCAUUCAAAAGAUUUCAGUGGUAAGUAUCUCGAUCAAACAAUACAGGGAAUUGUCCCGUUUAUAUAUACUUUGUUUCAUAAACAUAAGUAAAGAACUACUGUAUAAUUAAUAAAUUAUUUGCAACGCCUACCUUACAGUGUCGUAACUGGAAGCCCAUGCAAUGACCCAAAAGGACGAUGGCGCUUAGGAGGAGGAAUAAACGUCCCACUUAAGGUCAAGAUUGUUACGGAAAAGAAAGAGGCCGAAGAUUUAGCUCAGACCGUUCGUAGUCGUGGUUUCUUCUGUGAGAUCACUCUCGCUGAAUAG